AUGUCGGCGAAGCUUGAAAUGAGUGUCAGUUUCAGCCUUUGUACUUCCAUCACAGCCCCGCACCGGCGUGGUAGGCGUACUACUGAGGGUCGCGCGCCCUCUCCUGUGACUAGCCAGAGCUCUAGCGCACGGCACGGGCGGCGGAUUCGCUUAGUACCAUUGAUCAUAAGAGCCUGUUCGCGUAUUUUAUUUCACAGUGCAGACAAGCGCACUGAAAAUGUGCUCAUGUGUUAUGUUAUAAGAACAUUUAUGGUACCUAGCUUACAAUCAAGCCUGUUGCUGAUGCAUUGUCGUCUCUGGGAAAGUAUGGGAUUGGCAGUUAGUGACUUAUUGAUCAUCAUUAAUCAGAUUGGUAAUGAGUGUUGUGGUUGUGUUGACAGAGGCGUGGGGCGCGGCGCGUGGCGGCGGCGCGGGCGCGGGCGGCGCCAUGACGCGGCGCCCGCCACCAUGACGCUGCCGCCGCCCGCGCGCCCCGCGCACCCCGCCGCGCACCGCGCAAUGCGCUAUUACCGCAUCUGGAUCUACGCGUGCAACGGCGCGCUGUUGCUAGGGGCGCUCGCAUUCUGCGCGGCAGCGGGGCGCGCGCUCUCUGACUACCGGCGCGCGCUGGUGCCAGGCCUCGGCGUGGCUCAGCCAGGCUUCCUCUACGGAUACGCGGCGCUGCCCGCGCAGGCGGGGCUGCUGCAGCUUCUCGGUUGUCUAGCGGCAUUAAGACUCUCUGAACGAAUGCUUAAUGCCUAUUGGUUGGCACUUUUAGCACUGCUUGUUGGGGACGCCGCAAUAGGUGUUUAUUGGGCGUUCAGGUUUGAACGAGUUUGCCGCGAGCUUCGGCCUCAAUUACGGCUUCGUCUCGCAAAAGAUUACGACACGGAUAUUGACUUUUCACAAGCUUGGGACCGCCUACAGAGAGAACAGCGGUGUUGCGGUGUCACAGGGCCGGCAGACUUCGCGGCUUUCAAUAGAACUACUCUCCCGGCUAGUUGUUGUCGUAUCCCAGCGCACACGACUUCAGUCACGCCGGCGCUACUGGCCGUCACAUCUGCCACGUCCCCGGCGCCGUUCACUCCCGUGCAUUGUGCGCCGCACACAGCCGCCUGCUCAGAGAGACUACUAGUUUGGCUUCGACGAACUGCAGACGCGUUGUUCGUAUUAGGAUAUUGUGUUAUAGCAUUUUUAAAAUUGUGCUUCCUUGGAAUCCUCCGAUACGAAAUAAAGGAGAUGAUUCAAAAAAUUAGAAUUUUACGAAGCGAGUUGGGAGCAGGUGAAUUACUCGACGGUAGUCCUAUACAUGGCGGACCAUUAUCACAAACGAUAAUAGUGAAUGCUGUCAAUGCAAACGGAGGAGUGCGAGCUCAUGGUGGUAGCCCUGAACGCGCGGGUGAGCGCGAGGCACUACUGGGGCGAGCGUCGGAGCCGUGCCCGCGGCGGAGCAUACACGACGAACCGUUAGGUCCCAAGACGAUAAAUGGAAACAACAACUGUGAGAUGCGCGAGCUGGCUCGAGGUGACUACAGGCCACUGGCGGCAGACAGUGCAGCGACUCGGAUCUGA